GGUGGUCCUUCUUGGAUGAAAGGUUUACCUUUUGAAUGCUACAUGGAUUCUCAUGUGGAAGAAGGGUGUUCUUCUGAGACUUUGGCAUUCAUGGAGCUUGCUAUAGAACAGGCGGAAGAUGCUCUGAACAGCCUUGAAGUGCCAGUCGGUUGUGUUAUUGUUGAAGAUGGGAAGGUCAUUGCAUCUGGGAGAAAUCGAACAACGGAGACAAGAAAUGCUACAAGACACGCAGAGAUGGAAGCAAUUGAUGUUCUUCUUGAACAGUGGCAAAAAAUUGGACUUUCAGUGUCAGAAGUUGCUGAAAAAAUUUCAACAUGCAGUCUCUAUGUUACAUGUGAACCAUGUAUAAUGUGUGCUGCAGCUUUGUCGAUACUUGGUAUAAAAGAAGUAUAUUAUGGAUGCGCAAAUGAUAAAUUUGGAGGUUGUGGAUCAAUAUUGUCAUUGCAUUGUAGCAGCUCUAAACUACCUAACAGUGGGGACAUUGCACAAAGGAAAGAUUUCAAAUGUACUGGAGGAAUAAUGGCACUUGAAGCAGUCUCUCUUCUACGACGUUUCUAUGAACAAGGGAACCCCAAUGCUCCAAAACCUCACAGGCCACUGGUUCAACAGGCAACAAACAACUAGACUACCAAAACAAUAUUUCAUACUUUCUUGCUUCCAGUUGUCUUGAUGUAAGACUUGCGAGAUAAUCAAGUACCUUCAUCAUCUGUGGGAAUUCAGGCAGAGGAAUGUGCUGGUUCAUCAGCAUUGCUUCAACACUUUAUGAGGGAUCUAGGAGCAAAGCUUUCAUGAUUAGUAGAUUUGAUUUUACACUUUCGACCGUACAAUCUCUUCUCAUCAGUUUCUUUCAAAACCCAGAUAAAAUCUAAGAAGUAUUUUAGAUAGAAACUGUAUACGGUGGACCAGAAAUUGAAAUUUGUGUUAUGGUCAAUGAAUGUAGCAAAUAUACUAUGAUUUUUUUCUUUCGGCAAUAAGAGAAUUUGUUACGAUGGAUCA